CGCACCGCGCCGCUUUCAUCCGCCUUGAGUGGCGGCUUCCUGCUGGUAGGAGGAGUGGCGUCGCCACCAGCUGGUAGCCGGCGAACCACCCUGUCUCCAGCGCGCCUCUGGCUGGCCGGCAGCCCGCUCUCCUCCUCGCCUUUCCUCGUCGCCCGGUGCUUAGCGUCACUCUGGGCGGGCAGGCAAGAAGAGCAGGCCGGAGUUUUGCUUCGUGGACCGACGAUGCGGCAGAAAAGGGCAACUUCGAGCGGUGCUGGAUGAGGCCCCAUGCGAAGCCCUGUGCCUGUCUGCCAGCCGGGACCCGAACUUCUCGGCGGACGACGCUACGCGUAACGCUCCAAUAAACCGCCAAGAAUCCGCGGUGCUCCUUUUAAAUGCAGCGCUGCCUUGUCCCGAGGAUAGUUUCCUUAAAACAAAACUCAGGCAUAAAUGGCUGGGAUCUCUCCUAACUGAGCUUUACAGCAGGAGCUAGGAUGUCUUAUGUCGCCCAAAAGUGUGGCGUCCAGUUACAGCCUCCCUCCAUCGUUUUAAUCUAUGAAGAUCGGUCUAAGAACAAUGUGCGCAAGCGCAUCAUGCCUAUCCGGAAUUUCUCCAAGUUCUCAGACUGUAGCAGAGCAGCAGAACAGCUGAAGAAUAAUCCUCGGCACAAGACAUAUUUAGAAGGGGUGUCACUGGAGCAACUAAAAAGGUUACACCAUUUGUUGAGAUGCCACCUGCAAGGACAAACUUUGAGUCAGAGUUUGAAGCAAGUUGAGCAGAAGGAAAUAAUUGAUCCAGAAGAGGACUUAAACAAGCUGAAUGAUGAAGAGCUAGGCCAAAGGAAAAGAAUCAUGGAUGAGUUGUUUGAAAAGAACAGAAAAAGAAAAGAUGACCCUGAUUUUAUCUACAAUGUAGAGGUGGAGUUUCCACAGGAUAAGGAGCUUGAAGCUUGUGAAUGGGAUACAGAAACAGAUGAUGAAUUUUGAUUCACAGCUAAGCUCUGGACUUAUAAGGACUGUUUAUAAAUUAAAUAUACUUUGUUUUUUUUACCAACAACAUUUGAAUAAAGUUAUCCAUCAAUGGUAGCAUUUUGUAUGGUUAAAAUGGCUGAUAUGUUUGGGUUUUUUUUGUUUGUUUUGUUUUUUUUUGGCUUGGCAUUUAAAAAUAUUUUGAGAUAUUCAAAUGAAAAUAAGAUGCAGAAACGUGUGCAUAGAGCAUGAAUGUCUUGAGAAAAUCUUUGUAGGUCCUUCUGUACAGGAAGUCCCUAGAUUAAGUAAUUGAUUUAAAUAAACUUUACAGACAAAGGCACAAGAAUGGCAGCUGCCAUUUUGUCCAUUGCACAAGCACAAAAUGGCAGCUACCGUGUUUGUGCAUUGGCAUGGUGCAUGAUCCAACACACUAUUCCUGAAAUGGAACUUGCAUAACCAGAGACUAAGCAAAACUGCUGAAAAUGGAGCUGUGUCACAGGAGAACCAACUGUACAUACAGCCGUAUGUAUGAAAAUAUAUUUCCUGCAAACAUCAAUCAAAAUGUACAUGUUUGCAGAAGCCUUUGUUUGAAUUACAUCAAUGGGGUAGAGCUCAUUUGGUAUGGUUUAUGGUGAGCAUUCCAGAUUUAAGAAGGCUUCUUCAGGACCUGAAGUAAAUGUUCAGAAGAACUAAAAUCAUCUUUAAAAAACAGUUCAUUCUUAAGCCCAAUUCUUUCAUCCCCUUAUAACCUUUUACCUCAGAGAUUAAGUCUUUCAGAUGUUGAACUUCAGUUUCUGACACUGGCUAAGUGUUGGGCUGACUUAGUCAGAUUAGGCAAGUUAUUCAUCCAGGAUAAGCAACCCAUUUCAGGAAGUACAAGAUUCUUGAAAUAGGAAUUUUCACUUAGAGGAAGGAGACCUUAUUAAAGCAUUAUUGGAACUCAAUGGCAUCUUUUUGAAGGGAUCCUUUUGGUAUUUCAGAAGUAGUUCCCAUUACUAAAAUUAUUCUCAUUGCUUGGCAGCUGGACGGAGAGAACAACUUUAAUUGUUUGUCCCAGCAGUUCCUCAUGUUGGCAGAAAUGAAGUGCGCACAUCCAGCAACUCGUUUCUGCCAUAUGCAUACCUUGGAGCUAGCUGCUACCUGAUCAGAGAUAUUCAAAAUGAUAUGACGAAACUAUAUGCAAAAACAAUAUUGCAGUGGGAAAGGCAGGUGCUUCUUGUCCUCAAAUAAUUUAUAUUGGAAUUAGAAAUACUGUAUUUAUAAGGAAAAGACUCUAAAGUACCAAAAAUCUGACGUGUAGAAUUCUAAGCCCUCCUACAUGUUACAGUCUUUUAAGUGGCAAAAACAGAAACUUGUUAUAACUGAAAGGAUUCUAUUUAAGAGAAAAAUUGGGGAUAAAUUACUAUAAGCAAAAAUGGAGGGCAUAUGUAUAUAAACAUAUAUCUUUGUAUAUUAUUAACAUAUCUAAAGCCAAUUCCUGUCAGCAAUAUGUAUUCAAGGUAUAAAUUUUUUAAAAAUUCCAGCAUUUGUUCUCAAGAGGGCAGUGUUUUCUCAUUUAAAAAUCUGGGACAAAUUUCUGCACUUAAAAAGAACUUCUACGUUACUUAACCAAAAACACAGUUUGAGAUACAGAGUAAUUUGGGAAUAAGUUGUAUUGUUAUCCUUAAGAACUGUGUAUUCAGAUUGUCUAAAACAAAUAGAAAUAAAUAAAUCUCAAUGAGUUUUUCCUUGAUCUGACAAAAGAUCUUUUCUAAGGAAUAUCAGCAAUUCCUGAUAUUGGAAGAUGGCAUUUAAGCGAUCAAGUCCAAUCCCUUGUUUAAUGCAAGAACCCAGAUUAAAGCAUCUUCUACACAAUGGAUCUCCAGUGAAGGACAUGCAGUAACUGCUGUCACAGUUAGGAAAUUUUUAUUAACAUUCAACUGAAAUUUAACUUAAGUCUUUUUCUGUUUCCUGCAUUCUGGGGUAGUAGAAAACAGAUCUUGCUUUCAUCUGUGGGACUUCCCUUUAGCUACUUGAAGAGUGCUGUCAUAUCCCUCCUCACUCAUCAUAUUCUUCAACUGUUCCACAAACUCUAGUUGCCUUGUGAAAUAAAAUUAUUUUGUGAACAAUACUCAGUUUCUUAUAAUGUAGC